AUGGACUACAAUAGCAGCAGUAGAGCUCCUCUAAGGACCAAUCCAGACUACAAUGGUUACAACGAAGAUGAUGACGACAACGACAGAUAUUCGUUUUACCAAGGUUAUUCCAACAUCAAUAAUAAUAUUCCUCCAAACGAUGAUCACAAUGAUUCGUACUUACACCCUGAUAUAAGACCAAUAGAAAACUCAUACGUCCCAGAAUACAAUCGACCUUAUUCGUAUGACGGCAGUGAAGUUGGUGACAACCACUACAGAAAUUAUCAAGAGUAUCAAAACACGAGUCGUCUGGAGCCAGGGCCAAUUUCCUUCCAUCAAGAUCAACCUCCUGGAUAUGACCAGGAAUCUUUUGAGCUGAACGAAUUGAGAAGACCAGCUAUCCCUGUUCCUGGAACAUUUGACGUUUUCCAAGAAAGACCGGAAUACGGUGGGGAAGAUGAAGAGAGAUUUAUUGAGAAUAAUUUUCAAGCCUUCCCAGAGGGUGAAGAUUAUAAGAUCAAUACAUAUGCUGAUGAAGAAAUUGAUGGCGAACUACAAGAACUAAACACAAUUGAUUCAUACAAAGAGGGCGAUGAUUCCGAGGAAGAAGAUUCCACUGGGAAGAUCAAAAGAUCUCCCACAACAACUAGGUUAAUCAAACUUAUCCAUGGUAAUCUGAUUUUAGAUUGUCCAGUUGCUUCUAGUUUAUUGGAGAAGUAUCGAAACGUUAACUUAACAGCUCGUGAGUUCCAGUUUAUGAGAUACCAGGCCGUCACUUGCGAUCCAAAGUUCUUUUCUCAAAAUAAUUUCACAUUAAGACAAGAAUGUUAUCAACAGCCUAGAACAACUGAAAUCAUGAUUGUUGUAACAAUGUACAAUGAGAAUGAUAUUCUUUUGGCCAGGACUUUGAAGGGUGUUUUUAGAAACAUCAAGUACAUGGAGAAAAUGAAGCAUCACGGUAUUUGGGGAGAAGAUUCUUGGAAAAAAAUUGUAGUUACCAUUGUCAGCGAUGGUAGACAGAAAAUUAACGAAAGAGCAAGAUCACUAAUAGCAUUGUUGGGUUGUUAUCAAGAUGGAUUUGCUAAGAACAUGGUCAACAACAAAGAAGUUGUGUCUCAUGUUUACGAAUAUACCACAAAGAUUGAUAUUUCUGAAGUCACUGAAGACAGGGUUAAAUUAACUUCAGAAGACGUUGUUCCCGUCCAGUUAAUAUUUUGCCUGAAGGAAAAGAAUCAAAAAAAAAUCAACUCCCAUCGCUGGUGUUUUGACGCAUUCUGUCCAAUUUUAAAACCUAACGUUAUCGUUUUAUUGGAUGCCGGUACCCAACCAUCUUCUAAUUCAAUAUAUAAACUAUGGAAAGAGUUUCACGAUGACCCAAGAGUAGCUGGAGCAUGUGGCGAAAUUCGGGCUAACCUUGGUAAACACAAGAAAUUACUAAUAAAUCCACUGGUUGCUGCUCAGAAUUUUGAAUAUAAAACGUCAAACAUUCUGGAUAAGCCCAUGGAAUCUGUCUUUGGAUUUGUUUCUGUCCUACCAGGUGCUUUUUCUGCUUAUAGAUAUGUGGCUUUGCUUAAUGACCAAAAUGGUAUUGGUCCUUUAGAAAAAUAUUUCAAAGGAGAAGACUUGCAUAGCACAGAUGCUGGCAUCUUUAGUGCCAACAUGUACUUGGCAGAAGAUCGUAUUUUGUGUUUUGAGCUUGUUGCCAAAAAGGAAUGUGCUUGGUUAUUAAGGUACGUGAAUUCUGCACAUGCUUCAACAGAUGUUCCGGAAAAGCUUGACGAGUUUAUAUCUCAGAGAAGACGUUGGUUAAAUGGUUCAUUCUUUGCAGCUAUUUAUUCUGUGUUUCAUUUCUACAAAUUAUGGGGUUCAGGACAUUCUCUGGGAAGAAAAAUUGCCCUUCAUUUGGAGUUUGUAUAUCAAUUUUUAAGUCUUCUGGUCUCUUGGUUUUCAAUGGCGUCAUACUUUUUAGUGUUCAGAAUCCUAACAUCUGCUUUAGGAGAGCCUGGAAUGAAUGUGAAACCUGGUAAGGUUUUGGGUGUUGUUUUUUUGUGGCUUUACUUGAUGUCAAUCGUGACUACUUUUGUCCUGGCAUUUGGUAAUCGUCCUAAAGGAACUCAGAAGUUCUACAUUGUCAUUGUUUGUUUUUUUGCAAUUAUGAUGGUUUACAUGAUAUUUGCUGCCGUACUGAUGGCAGUUAAAGCUGUUACAGACAUCUUACAAGAACAUGCCAACGAUUUCCAGUUUUACAUGAUCUUUACAGAAAGGCGCUUUAGGGAUUUGAUCGUUGCCACAGCUUCCACAUAUGCUUUAUAUCUCAUUGGGGCUCUGCUAUUUUUGGAUCCAUGGCAUAUGUUCACCUCGUUUGCUCAAUACAUUUUACUAAGCCCUUCUUACGUGAAUGUGUUGAACAUUUAUGCUUUUUGUAAUAUUCAUGAUAUCUCUUGGGGUACUAAGGGUGAGGAGAUGAAAUUGGAUCUGGGCGUACUGAAUGUAUCUUCUGGUGAAUCUGAAGUCAACUUGCCUAUAUACAAAGUUGAUAUUGAGGAUGCUUACAGCGAACAAAUGAAAGUUCUAAGUCAACCGUACGAAGAACCACAGUUCAAACCGUCAGAAGAAGAAAAGGAAAAAGAUUUUUUCGCAUUUAUCAGGUCUAUGACAGUCCUUAUAUGGAUGUUUACCAACUUUGUCAUUAUCGCAUUAGUAUUGGAAACCGGAGGAGUGAGUGAACUGGGAAUAAUUUCAGAAAAGUCUAAUAAGUCCGAGAUCUUCCUUACAGUCAUCCUAUGGAUCGUUGCAUUUAUGGCCCUUUUCAGGUUUCUUGGUUGUACUACAUAUUUGGUCACCAAGUAUAUCAGAAAGUUCAAAGUGAAAGUCCGCCAAUGA